CGCCAUUACGUCAUCCUACCCAGUGCGCGAGAGCGAGCGAGAGAAAGAGAGAGAGACGUCGAAAAAAUACUGUCCCACCAACCUCCGCCCAACGGUCAGUCAUGCCACACUCUGGAUUUUACUGUCAAGCCUCCUAAAAGAGAGCUGAACUUGACCUGUCCGUCGUGUUGAACGUGGAAGCGAUAAACGCCGACACUUCCGCGGUUCAGAGGCUCUGUUUGCUGGCGUGUGUGUGUAUGUAUGGGAGUGAACUGGAGAACGCGAGGAGAAGAAGAGAAGGUUCGAUUCGUCUAGAGGCAUCCAGUGGGAGGAGCCAUGACUGAGGGGGAAGGGCAGUUCUACAGCGUGCAGGUGGGCGACUCCACCUUUACCGUCCUCAGACGCUACCAGCAGCUCCGCGCCAUCGGAUCCGGUGCCCAGGGUAUCGUCUGCUCCGCUCUGGACACAGUGCUUGGCGUCCCAGUUGCUGUGAAGAAACUGAGCCGGCCCUUUCAGAACCAGACCCAUGCAAAGAGGGCCUACAGAGAGCUGGUUCUGCUCAAGUGUGUUAACCACAAGAACAUCAUCCAUUUGCUUAACGUCUUCACACCCCAGAAGUCGUUGGAGGAGUUCCAGGAUUUGUAUUUGGUGAUGGAGUUGAUGGAUGCUAGUCUUUGUCAGGUGAUCCACAUGGAUCUGGACCAUGAGAGGAUGUCUUACCUGCUCUACCAGAUCCUGUGUGGCAUCAGACAUCUACACUCUGCUGGCAUCAUUCACAGGGAUCUGAAGCCCAGUAAUAUAGUGGUGAAGUCCGACUGCACUUUAAAGAUCUUAGACUUUGGACUGGCCAGAACCGCCUGCACUAAUUUUAUGAUGACACCUUAUGUAGUGACCAGAUACUACAGAGCGCCAGAGGUCAUCCUGGGCAUGAAAUACAAGGAGAAUGUGGAUAUCUGGUCUGUAGGCUGCAUCAUGGGCGAAAUGGUUAAAGGGAGCGUCAUAUUCCAGGGCACUGAUCAUAUUGACCAGUGGAAUAAGGUGAUCGAGAUUCUGGGAACCCCCUCUCUGGAGUUUAUGAACCGUUUGAUGGAGACUGUAAGGAACUAUGUGAUGAACAAACCCCAGUUUCCUGGAGUCAGUUUUAAUGAGCUUUUUCCCGACUGGGCCUUCCCAUCAGAGACGGAGCAUGACAAGAUCAAAACAAGUCAAGCACGAGAUCUGCUUUCCAAGAUGCUGGUAAUCGACCCUGAAUGCCGUAUCUCUGUGCAGGAGGCUCUUAAUCACCCCUACAUUCAUGUGUGGUACGACCCAGCUGAGGCUGAUGCGCCUCCUCCACAGAUCUCAGACAAGCAGCUUGAGGAGCGGGAACACAGCAUCGAGCAGUGGAAAGAGUUGAUUUAUAAAGAAGUAAUGGACUGGGAGGAGCGGAACAAGAAUGGGGUACUGAAAGAGGAGUGUUUAGACGGUACGGUUAACAGCAGCGCCACUCCCUCCCAGUCGUCCUCUAUUAAUGACAUCUCAUCCAUGUCGACGGAGCAGACGCUGGCUUCAGAUACCGACAGCUCUUGCAUUGACACCCUCACGGGCCCAUUGGAAGAGUGACUCCAGUGACUUCCAGCUCUUCUCCCUCAUGUCACAUCGCUGUGUGGGCCAUGCAGAGGUCUGGACUGAACCGUGGGUGCACGUUCAUACAGCUUCAAGUUUACACUUCACUAUUGCUUUUAAGGGACUGCUUUUUCCUCUCUUCUCAUUCGUGUAGUAUUAGCUUUUGAGUUGUAGGCUGAUGCUCAGAUUACACUCCAACAAAAAAGCAUCUUAUUUUCUUUUAGAUUUUAUAAAGGAACUCCGUUCAAAUAGACAGAAGAGUGCAUUAAUGCGUUUACAUUUCAUUUUACAACAACUAACAUGCCAUCUUCUCCGGUGGAGUUCUUAUUGCAGCAGCAUGUGUAAUAUCUGAGACUAUCCCUGUCAUUAAUCCCCUCGCUCUCCCCCUGUGAUGCAGCUUUUAUUACUAUUCAUUUCAUCACCUAAAAGAAGCACAGAUAUAAAUUGUUGAACUUUAUAGCUAGCCAUCCCCUCCGGAACCAAUUCCUGUUACAAGAAUUGCUGCAUGAUAUUAACAAGAACACUUAUUAGACAGACAGCGCAACUACAGAUUACUGAAAUACGCCUAAACACACGUAGGAAACAGAACAAUAGUGCCUGCCUCUGUAUAUAGUCACCAUACACCCAUUUUAAAAGAAAACCCAAUGAUGGAUUUCAGUUGGUUAGGGUGUAGUCAAGUGUGUGUAUAUACGUACAUAGAUUUCGUGUAAAUGUUCGGAUUUUCUUUCUUCGUGCUGUGGAAACCAUUUUACAGCUUUUUAAUAUCUACUCUAAAACAGAUUGCGAUGCGACUUGAAAAUGAUUUAAAAAUACAAUUGCACACAGAGGGUCAAAAAUUAACAUUCAGCUUUUUAAAAAAGUGCAUCUAAAUCCAAAAUGGUACACUGUAGAUGCAAAAUCCAAAUCGGAGCCCCGUUCCUCAUCAUUCCAAGAGUAAUUAAUCACCGCUGGCAAGUUCAUGACGUAUUUCAUACGACUGUGUUUCAUUGCAUGAGCUAUUGCAAUCCAUUGCCUUUUUUUAAUCUCCUCAAACUUGAAAUGCCUAUAAGAAUGUUAUAUAAAGCAAAUUUAUAGAUAUUUUUUUUUACUCUUAAGAAGUCUUGUCAGUGGCUUUUUCUUUCUUUUUUUCAUUAAGAUGCUCAUAUAUUGACAAGCUGAAAGAUUUGUCAUAUUCUUAUAGAUUACCAGGAACAUUUUAUUAACUUUGCAAUUCAGUAGCUUUUUCCAUCCAAAGAUGUGCAUUAAAUCUAUGCGCAAAACUGAAUUAUCGCAUAAAAGACGUGCGAGUAAAGCAGCGUUUCCAUCCAAUGAGCAGUGGCAGUUCUAGUUUAAAUGGCACCCUUGGUGAACCACCCUAAAUAGACCCCUUUACCCAUCCCCUGAGAAAUAAAGGCUGGGUCCGAAACCGUCUACUACUCUGUAGGUACCUCAUUUGAAUUAAAACAAACUAUUCUGCCGUUAAAAAAAGUUUGUUCUAUACAUUAUGAAUGUGAGCAGUAUGAAUGGAACAUGGAUGUACUACAUCCGCCAUUUUGUCAUAAUCACCUCACCUACCCACGUGAGUUGCGUCGCUUCACUCCCAUUCAUAUUGCAUAAUGGGAUAGCGCAGCAUGCAUUGGAUACACUUUAUAAUCUUGCUGGAAUUAGUAGGUCAUCCGAAUACUUCUCGCAUACUGUUUUUCGAAUUCUAUGAAUUCAGAUAGAGAAUAACAAACUUUCGCAUGCAAAAGACGCCAAAUGUGAAUGACCCCUAACGUCCUUGUACUGAGAUUAACACCCUAAAUUAAUUCACUUGCAUAAAGUAAAUCACAUCUUGAAGCUUUUACUGGGACAUGGUUGGUUUUUACUGGGGCGCUAUUUAUUUUUUGCACCAUCUCCCUGUGCCGCCCCCAGCAAUAUUGCCCAUGUCUAAAUCUGCCACUGCCAAUUAGUUAAAGAGAACAUUUCAGAUGUUUUAGAGUGUUCAGCCUGCUUGUUUAUCCAUUCACACACAUUUUUAUGACAUGAUCUCUUUUACCAAAAUCACAUGACCUUUUUUAAUGUGCAUACUGGAUUUUGUUCAGUAAAAGUGAUUCCAUUGUAGUUUAUUUGCAUUUUUUUUUAAAUUGAAUAAAAACUUUAUGCUACUCGGUUAUGUGCAAAAUUUAAUGCACAUUUUGGCAUUUCUAUUAGUUUUUUAUGUUCAUAUGCAAAUAGUUGGAUGGAAACAGCUAGUGACAUACUGUGGCUAAUCAUACCCUUUGACUUUCUCCUUUUUAGCAAUGGUUUUCAUGAUUGAGAGCCUUUUUUUUUUUACUUCCUUUCUUCCCCAUUCAUUCAGUUCAAAAAUAGAUGACUGUAUAAACUAGUGUUCUGUACCCUAAAUUCAUUAUGCAUGAGAAAACAAGCCGCCUUCAUUCAGAACUUGAGGAUGUUGCAGAAUUGUGUCCUCUGGUUGUAAAAGAUUGAUUGAGAACCUCAGAAGGACUAUAUGAGUCUGUUGAGUUUAUCUGGUUUCAAGUUAUUCUAAUGGACUGAAAAAAGAAAGAGACUGGAGAAUGAACUUGGCAUCACCAUGACUUUCAUGCCUUAAGCUUCUCAUUACAACCAUCACUACAGCUUGGCCACGAAACAAUUGAUAGUAAUAUUAUAUUCAACAAUCAAGCUUUGACUCUUUUUUUCCGACAGUCUGGAUUGUUCAUCUGCUUUCCCAAACAUCUCAUUUUUCUGGUCUCCUUAAGAUUGUGAGAUCUCAUUUGGUGCUUCACUUUACUGUUAGCGCAGUAAUAAUGUAUUAGAACAACGCAAUAGUCCAUUGUGUUCCAUUUUCAUUUCGGAGCCUCAUGCACAUUUGUUUCACUGUUGUGUUGUGACUCCUGUUAUGAACGUUAGUGAUGGACCUCUAUGGCACUGAGACCUUUAAGAAAACGAACAAAGCUGGCUCACGCUUUUUCUCAAGGGCUUAACUUCUCUUCUUUUAGGUGUCCAUUUCCUUUGGGGGAGAGAGUGUGUGUCUAACCAACAGUGUGUUUUUGUCAAAAGACAAUCUAUCACUAGAGGUGGAAUCAGUUAUGACUUGAAGAAUUGUUCACUUUUUAGAUAUUCAUUUACUUCUUCUUAAGAAAACAGUUCUCAUGGUCAUCGUCAAUCAGAAUCUUCACAAUCAAAUCCUGUAAAAGGAAUAAAUAUCUAACUGCUCUGUGCUAGUAAUGUCUGUUUAGCUUUCAUGUGUUUUGUAUUGUUGUGCUACAUAUGGGCGCCCUGUCAGUGGGCUAUGAUGAAGGUGACCCAAAUUACGAACCUGUCUGAAACAUAUGCAAAACCUUAAAUGGAGUCCUCCAUCUACAAUGGUAGAGUGAUACCUCUUUUCUCUCUCAAAAAAAGAUAAAGAAAUUAAACAUCUGUUAUGACUGGCCAAAUAAAAAGCUCAUAUUA